AUGUUCCGUACCUCCAUUGUCUGUGACCCAGGACCGUGUGUCUCCUGCUCGAAUGGAUGGACCGAAUAUGACCAAUACUGCUACCUGUUCAGGAACACUGCGAGCACCUGGAAUGAUGCUGAGGAUUUCUGCAACCUGUUUGGUGCACACCUGACCUCCAUUCAAGGACCGGAUCAGUACGCCUUCCUGAGGAGACUCAUUGUUGAAACCACAGGAACCAACACCAGAACCUGGGUCGGAGGUACCAACUUACAUGAUGAUGGUGACUGGACGUGGAUCGAUGGUACCCCAUUCACCUUCACUAACUGGGGUCCAGGAGAACCAAACAAUGCAGGUGGAAAUGAGCACUGCAUGGAUAUCAACCUGAGAGGACAAGAUUAUGUGAAUGAUGAAAACUGUGACACAAAGAGCGCCUUCAUUUGUGCUAAAAACGAGGCUUAGUUGUGUCUUUGUUGUCUGGACACGUCUGACACAAUGAUGUCACUUCCUGCAGGAGGUCAGGCCUCGAAGAUGUCUCUUCUGGAAGACAAAUGGUCAAAUCUGAUGUCAAAGUCAGAUAAUUAACAUGAAUAAAUGUGUCUUCUAAAA